AUGGAUGCUGUUAUCCGUUUCGUCAAGGAUACAACUACCGACAGCAAUAGUGGCCUUUGGCUUAUUAUCUUUGCUGGGAUCAUUUACCUAGGAAUGACGAUCUCUGCAGCAAUUUAUCAACGCUGCAUUGAUCGGCUGCGCAUUAUGGUUAGAGGAGCCUUGGUUGGCUUGAUACACGAUCAAGCGAUGAAACUUCCUGGCAAAGAGGCUGAUUCGGAAGCCGUGACAUUAAUGAGCUCCGACGUUGAUAGUGUUGAGUCAGUGGGGGAGAUUCUACAUGACACAUGGGCCUACCUCUUGGAGGUAGUUAUUGGCACAAUGCUGCUGGCUGCCCGGCUUCAAUGGUUUGCGUUCUUUCCACUGGUCAUUAUAUUUGCUUGUUCAAGAAUGAGUGCCUACGUAGCUAAGCACUUGGAAGGUAGACAAAAGGACUGGAAUGUUGCAACUCAGGCGCGCAUUUCCGCAAUCACGAGUGUGCUUGGUGGGAUCAAGAGCUUGAAGAUGAUGGGUAUGGAGGAUGCAGGACAAUCUCGUAUCUCUCAAUUACGUGAGGAGGAGCUACGCCUGUCUGAGCGCUUAAGGUGGAUUCUCGUCGUCUAUAAUGCCAGUGCAAACUCACUUGGUAUAUUUGCCCCGGUAUUGACCUUGGUAUUCUAUGCCCUAUCACCUGGAACUGAUAGCUUGCACGCCAAUGAGGUAUUCACGUCUAUCGCUCUCCUUUCUUUGGUCACGCAUCCGGCCAAUAUGGUGAUGACUUUGGUCCCUCGUGCCGUUGGUAUAAUGGCAAACUUUGCACGCAUCGAGGCAUACAUUAGUCGGUCAUCGGUUGUGGAUACUCGACAGAUUGCUGGCAAAGAUAAGGCCCAACACUUGGCAUUACUAGAUCACGUCUCCAUCAGGAAUUCUUCAAUAACGGAUGCGCCAAUACUUCGAGACGUCUCCUUCAGUAUUGCUAAAGGGGAGCUUAUCGUCUGUACUGGUGCGGUUGGAAGUGGAAAGACCACAUUAGCCAUGGCCCUGCUUGGAGAGUCAGCCUCAGGAGGGUCAAUGUUCCUGGCUUCGAAGAAAAUCGCAUACUGUGAUCAGGCGCCUUGGCUUCCUAGCGUUACUAUUCGGGAUGCUAUACUUGGUGGCUCUGAUUUUGACGAAGAGUGGUACAAGCUGGUCAUAGAUGCAUGCUGCCUGGGUCUUGACUUGGAAGCCCUUCCAGACAGUGACUCGACAGUUAUCGAGAACAACGGCAUCAACCUGUCCGGAGGACAACGUCAGCGUAUAGCUCUUGCACGCGCUGUAUACUCGCGAUACGAUAUGUUUGUUCUCGAUGAUCCAUUCAGUGCCCUUGACAAAACCGUUGGAGAGCACAUCGUAGAUAGGCUCCUUGGACCGAAGGGCUUGUUUAAAGCAACGAAAGCAGGGGUCUUUCUCCUUACCAAUUCGGCACAACUCUAUCCCCUGGCGGAUAGGCUAUUGACUUUGCAGGGCUCGGGGGCACGUCUAGAGGAUUCUAGCAACGUUCUUAAAGGAGGACAAUUAGGUAGUAUCGUCGCCUCUACCGCAGGCGUCGUCCAGAAUACUCAGCCCUCCGAGUUGCAUGACAAGAAGACGCCUGGUCAAAACGAUCGACUGAAUGAGGCCGCCAUGGACUUAUUACGGAAGACAGGAGACGUUGCUGUCUAUGGGUACUAUGUUAAUGCUGUUGGCCAUAGGAAUGCCUUACUGAUGACAGCCUGUACCGCCACGUAUUCAUUCUGCCUGACCUUCUCACAGUUUGUCCUGAGAUGGGCAACAGAGUCUUCACUUGGAGAACGUAAUGAAUAUAUGGGUCUCUAUGCAGGGAUUUCAUUCAUCGCGUGGGCAGCGACCAGUGGCGCUAUGUGGUUUACGCAGUUGAAAGUUGCCAUUCGCUCGGGGGUAGUAUUACAUUCCCAGCUGCUUGAGCGGGUUCUCCGAGCCCCAUUGUCCUAUUUUGCUGAAACUCAUAUUGGCGUCACUUUAAACAGGUUCUCCCAAGACAUCGCGUUAAUCGACAAGCAACUACCCUCCGCUCUCGCCAAUCUAAGUACCCAAAUAUUCAAGCUGCUAAUGCAGGCAGCCUUGAUUGUGUACGUACAGCCGGUGAUGCUAGUCACGAUACCACCAUGUUACAUACUCGUUUACCUCAUCCAAAAAGUCUACCUUCGUACCUCUCGCCAGUUACGGUUCCUCGACAUCGAUUCGAGGUCGCAAUUGUACACAAAUUUCUUGGAUACAACCAGCGGCGUAACUACAAUACGCGCGUUCGGCUGGCAGGACAAAUUCGCAACCGACAACAUCCAGGCAUUGGAUAUGUCACAGAAGCCAUACUACCUGCUCCUCUGCUUACAAUGCUGGCUUAAGGUGGUUCUGGACUGUAUAAUGGCGAUCAUUGCCAUAGGUCUGAUAACGCUUACUGUCGUAUACCGGAACUCCACAGGGGCCGAUAUUGGACUGGCUUUGAAUUUGAUGAUCGGAGCGACUACCACGCUUUUACGUUUAAUUCAAAACUGGACGUCCUUGGAGACCUCGCUCGGGGCGGUUUCUCGCCUGAAGUAUGUGCAGGAACGUGUCUGUAGCGAAGAUGAUGCUAGGGGUGCUAUAGAGCCAGGUCCACGGUGGCCGUCCGGGGGAGAAUUGCGGAUGCAGCAUGUCACGGUGUCAUACUCCGAGAACUCAGAGCCUGCUCUGCGAGACGUAUGUCUUGUGAUUAAACCCGGACAGAAACUCGUUGUCAUGGGUCGGACAGGAAGCGGCAAAAGCACUCUCAUGCUCUCCUUACUCCGUCUUCUGGAAACUAUGCACGGAGACAUUUACAUUGACGACAUCAACAUCGCACAUGUACCUUUACAGGUCCUUCGACAUCGGGGCAUCAUCGCCGUACCACAAGAUGGCUUCAACAUCCCGACCGCGAGUAUCCGCUUUAACCUGGACCCGUAUAAUAAAUGUACGGAUGAUGACAUUGUGCAAACACUGAAGAGGACUCACCUCUGGGACAAGAUUUCCGCCUCUUCCACAGGCGUUGAUGACACACUGGACCUUCCCAUGUCAACAAUUCUCCCCUUAUCCGCCGGUCAGAUGCAACUCUUCGCGCUCUGUCGGAUGCUUCUCCGUGUGGAGAUAAAUCGGUCGUCCAAACCGAUCAUCAUCCUCGAUGAAGCUAGCUCGUCAUUGGAUCUUCAGACGGAGGCUAUUCUGGGAGAUAUUCUGCGUGAGGAUCUCAAAUAUCACACAGUCAUCAUGAUUGCUCAUCGAGCUGAGGGGAUCAUGGGUGCAUUGAGGGCAGGAGUAGAUGCCAUUGCUACGAUGAAGGAUGGAAGGCUACGGGUAUCUGUUAUUGGCACAUCGAUGGAUCGUGUUGAUGAGAAAUAGGUCGCUUUGCUGCGUGCAUCUUAAGACUUGUGUGCCAGCUGACAUUUAAAGUGCCCAUUAUCAACGAAAUGGAAAAAGAAUGAGAGCUGUACUGAAUCGAAUGUAUCUACAUGGUGCUUCAAACUAACUAUGUU